GUGAGAUCGGUGCUGAGUUCUUUUCGUGUAUCGCGUCCGUUUGCGUAUCGUCAUCGGUGAAUUUCGUCCCGUUUCUACCAUCACUAUACGGAAUAGCAUAAAAUAAAGAAACGCAGAAGCGUGAUUCGCGUAACGGGGGACGUACGAUCGUGGAAUUCUACGCCGAGUGAAUUUAUUAUCGCUAGUGGAUAUCAGCGUGUCGGCGCGCUGGUCCGCAUGUCUUCCCGCGACGCGACCGGAACGCCACCGUACGUCGCCGUUACCACCGUGGUCCAGAGGAUGCAGUCGAACCCCGGCAACGGUGGAAAGUGACGUUUUCGAAAGGAACAAAAAAGAGAAAUCGGAGAGGAGCGAGAAAUCGAGUGGACAGGAAGUGGCAUUUUCAACGACGCGACCAACGACCGAUCUCGCCGCCAGUGUGUCUCCGUUAGGCGAGCAACUUUCGACCCGGUUUCGCGCCGAGCGCGUUUUCGGUCCGUAAAAAACGUAAAUCCGGGGACGGAAAAUGUGCAACGUUCACGGGAUUCCGGAACGCGUGAAGUGAGCCGCAGUUCGAGAGCCGUGUGUCUUCGCGAUCGGUUUCGAUCGAAAUUAGCAGUAGUUUGCUCGACAAUUCACCGCCGUGUUUCGCUGUUGCGGAAUCGUUUAAAUUGGCUGCGACAAUUCGUGACGCUCGGUCCCCGAUUUCUUCGCGAGAGGACUGCAUCGGUCGAGCAGUGAAUCACAUACGAGCGACGUUUCGAAAGAUCGACGUGUCGUCGCGUCUAAAAAGGUGGCUCUUACUCAACACAGUUUAUCGCGCCAUUGGGAAGCGUGCGCGGAAUGAACAACGUGGUUUCACGUACUCCGUGAAGUUGCCCCUAUGGUUCGAGGCGUGAUUAGUGGAAGCGGAACAAGUGACCAACGUUACGAGUGCUACCGGUUGCUUUACAAUGUGAAUGAAUAAACAGACGCUCGGUACGAGGACAAGAAUUACCCAAGGGACAAAUACGAUCGUUUAAAUCCAGUUUCUCGUUCGAAACAAUGUAUCGUCGUGUUUGGCAACAGUUUUCUUUUUUCGCGUAAACGUGACGUUUUCGUAAAACUGUGUUUAUCGAGGAAUCGUCGUGCAGCGCGCGCGCGUCGUUAUCUGCAAACGUUUUGUGACGGUUGCCCUUGUGCGAUGUAAAUGGACUUUAUUGCCGUUGGAACGAAACGGAUUGCGCGCUCAGUGAAAAACGGCGCGAACAGUGUCGAUUGGAGAAUAUAUAAUGUGCAAGCGCGGUUCCGAUGACACCUAACAUCCACGUCUGAUGACAAACGUCAAUAGGAUCAGGGUGGUCGUCCUCGGCGGCCCCAGAGUCGGAAAAUCAGCCGUAGUCGUGCGGUAUUUGACGAGGCGGUACAUCGGCGAGUACAGCUCCACCAGCGAUUUCCUGUACCGGCACAGCGUUACCAUCGAUAACGUUAGUACCGAGGUCGAGAUACUGGACACUUCCAGGUGCGAGGAAAAUGGUUGCCUCUACUCUCAUAUUCGGUGGGGCGAGGCUUUCGUGGUCGUUUACAGCGUGACGUGUAAACGAAGCUUUCAGGAAGCCCGUGGACUGCUAAAGCAACUCGCUGAUUUACGCCUGCCAUCCUAUUUCACCGCCCUGCUGCUUGGCAACAAGAGAGAUCUGGAUCAUGCUCGAGAGGUGUGCGUGGACGAGGGCCAGCAACUGUCUCUGGCGCACGGGUGCCAGUUCUACGAGGUGAGCGCGGCGGAGAGUCCCGCGGGAGCGGCGCUGGCGUUCCAGGCCCUCCUCCGGGAGGCGAGAUCGGUGCAGCUGCUGCGUGCGCUCCCGAUACGCCGGAAACUGGGCGUGCACUCGGUCUCGAGGGUGCUCGGUACGAUAUUCGGGAAGAACACCACCAAGGACCGGAAGAAGAGGCCCUCGCUGAGCAUAUGACGCCUCCUCUGCUCCCUCCUCCUCGGAGGUCGUGACGAACCGGACAUGAGAACCGACGUGAUCGUUCUCAGCAGCAACGUUUACGCGAACCGCUGACCGGGGACGCCGAGAACGGGAACUCCGACCAAGAAAAGUUGCACACGCACGAGCAGCUUUCUCGCGAUGAACAUUUUAUCGAAUUCGUUCGUUCCUCGACGGGGGGAAAAAGUGUCCUUUCGAACGAGCAGAGAGGCGAGCUACGCGACAAUGGAGGGCGCAGUAACUAGUUGUGUUUUUCCUUCGCGCUGGAUCUUUCGAGAGCCGAGCAGACAGGGCGUAACCGAGAGAUCGAUGGCGUCUGGGUGAGGCGGAGGUUGUACUCCGUCAGUUUGCUUGGCAUUUGCGUGAGAUCCUCGCGCAGAGACGUUCAGCAUCCGGCUAAGAAACAUUCGUGAGAACAGUGGAUUGAUCGGGCCGUGUGAAAGACUGCCGCGGCCGUGGAAACGACGACUGGCUCGUGAAAUUCAAGCAGAAACCGAGUGUGCCACGAGGAUCCGCGUCCGUUCCCUUUUGUGCUCUGUGCGCGUUCGACUCCAUUUUAUUUUGACCGUGGAGUCCGGCGGACGCGCGAACCCCGCUGUUCCUGAACGUUCUAGCUUUAAACGCGUCUGUGGAGCCGGUGGCGGAUCUAGAAGAAUCCAAAGGGCCGAGAAAAGAUCGCGAUAAAUAUUCGAGAAUCUCACCCCCUAGAAAUUAGAAACAGAAGGUUCGAAGAUUGAUCGACGCUUGUUAACGAAUAAGGAAAUCGUGUGAUGCGAUUCAAAUUCAGGUAAUACAUUUAUUUUGGUCAACGAACGGAGGGGGGGGGGGGGAGAGGGUUGAGACAUUGUAUCCCCCCCUCCUGUAUCCGCCACUGUCUAGAACGAAACGAUCACGAUGACUCUCGUCAGAACUUUUAAGUUUCAUUAUUGCAAUGUGAAUUCGUCUGCCUACGAAAAAUUUUUAACCGACGAGAGAAUUGUUUUAAGUUUCACACGUGAUAUUAAUGUUCGCGUCUCGGAUUAACCGAGAUGGCGACAAGCAUCGUUCUCCGUCGGAGGACGGAAACACGAGCUACGAGAGCGCGGGGACUGGCGUCGCCUUUGAACCUAAACCCGACAGUCUUUCAAAUUUCGCAGCUGGACGGCGCUGCAGUCGCGAUUCGAGCGCGGGGCUCUAUCCUUUGGAGAACGCGAGCGCACGUCGAAGGGAUCGGUCGAUGGUCGCGAAACGGGAGGAGGAAGCAGCUCAAAUCGUAACGAACCGGUUGUAAUUUCAGGCACACGGCCGAGUUUUCCUCUCGAGAGUUUAACUCUACGAUCGCGACACGCUUAACACUUCGAGUCAGGUGACUACGGUAAUUCGAAAUCCUAAUCUUACCCCGGAUUCGAGCAACCAAAUCAUCCCCAAUGGCUCGUAUUCACGCGACUAUACCCUUAUUUUAUUAUUCAUCUUCGAUUCGGGAUCAAAAUUGGUAGCUCGGUUUUUUGUAACUACUGCACCCAGGUUUAGCAACAGUAUAUUCCAGUCUGAUAAAAAUGUUUUACUCGCGGUGUUAAGACGGAGGAAUCAUUUCGCGAAACACGAAAAUCGAGAGUUGCUUUCGUUUCGACGAGUCGUAUUUAAAACGAGACGCGGAUUUCCGUGCUCGAGAUCGGGCCUCCGGGUUCCGAGUAAUCGAUUCGACAACCUUAAUGUUCCUACUGAAAGUAGCCUAAGUGUACAUAGCGCACAUUUACUUGCUGAGUAUAACUCUAAAGAGAUUCGUGGAAUCGUUUAAAUAUUAAGGUCGCGAGAUUAGCGGAGAGGGGAGAGGAUGGUCCGAGAAACCGGACCGAUUGGAAUCCUUCGAAAGGACAGAUUAUCCGUUGCAAGUAUAAAUAUUUAAUCGCGGGUUAUCCUUCGUUUCUUUCUUAUUUUUUCUCGCGCUGACAGAGACAACCGUGACAACGGGUCGGAGCAUUUUGUAAAUUGUUCGUUUUUCUACGGUAAACGUGUACGUCAACGACCACGGUCGGGUUUAAGAUUCUUAGUUGGUAAGUCGUGUAUGUAUAUUUUCAGUGCCUUUCGCAUUGUCAGUGUUGGGUGUACAAGUUCUUCCGAGCUCGCAGGGUCACCUUUCAUCGUCUAUGCGUUGUCUCCCGGUUAAUCGAAAACAUCGAACGAUCUUUAUUUUUAACAUUUCUUUACAAUUUUUUGAAAUGAGUAUUACCAACGAAUUGGCGAGGUUCUCCCGGUUAAAACGAGUACAAACACGACCCUGUUACGAUUACUUUUAAUUAUACGUGUUUGGCGCGCGCUGCCCCAGAUGUCGCUCGUGAUACGCGAGUUGGACCGAAUGGGGUCGUGUUUGGACUCGUUUUAAUCGGAAAAUAGUUGCCAAUUCAUUGAUAAUACUUUUACGAAGAUGUACCGAAAAAUAUAAAAAAUUUUAUUUUCAUUGUUGCUCUUUCAAAAUAUCGUUAUCCUUCGCAAGUAAAUGAAUAGGAACGAGUUAGUCGAUUAACCAGGAAAUACUGUAUGGUCGGACGGAAUUUAUUUGACCGUUCAAUGGUAUGGUGGGGGGUAAAGCCUCAGUUGGUCCGACUUGGCCUUGAAAGUGCUGUGAAUAUAUUUUUCUUCCUCGACGCGGUGUCUCUUCGAUAUUUUUUUAUUUUGUAUUUUUGUACUUUCGCUGGAAUCUUUUUCGCGAGUUCGUGUACUCGGAAACGAGCAAAGAGGCGGGCGAAACGACGUAUAUUUGUACAGCAUCGAACAUCCGUUGGUCGA